CCACCUGCCACCAUGUCUCGCCAGCCCUCGCCAGGUCCCGCUCCCUCACACGGCCAGCAGAUGUACCACCAAAUACCCCUCGUCUCCUCGUCCAAACAAAGGUCCAAGUCACACGUUCCAGGCAUCACUGCUGGCGCGGAGGAUGUCAAGUACCAGGCCAAAUACAAGGAGUUGAGAAAAAAGGUCAAGGAAAUCGAACUCGACAAUGACAGGCUGUACCUCAAGCUGCUGUUGGCAAAGAAGAACAUCCGCCGUAUGAAUCUGGAAAGGGCAAUUCUGUACGAACGUCUGGCCGCGGUUCCGCCAACACCGGGAAGGCAGUCCCAGGAGCUGCCUCCCGAGCAUAACCCUAUAUACGCGCAGCAACAACAGGGCCAUCCCGAUGCAGCCCGCCUUGUCAUCCCGGACGAUCGGGCUCUCGAAGAGUAUCUGCGAAAGAACCCCAAUGCCCGAGUCGUGCGGGGCCCUGACGGCAGCAUCGUCACCGUCGACGACGGAUCAGGUCGCGGUGCCCUCGGAAUCAUCGACCCUGCGCCGCCACAGGCGAUAUCCACUGAACCUGGAUUCCACCACGACGCCGGGCCCGCCUAUGAUUCCGACCGCCGACUAGCCCCUUUGGUCCCGCAAAUUCACGAGCCGCAGCCAGAGUCUGCCACUUCCAAUAGCACGAGUCAUCAUGUCAGCACCCUUCACCGCUCCCGUAGCUCCUCGUCUCGGCACGACGUCGACCAAUACCAAGCCGAGCCCACCAGACUGGAUACUUUCCCGUCUUCGCAGGCUGCGCACAGUCGAAGCUCGAGUAUGUCCGGCGAGGGACAGUCAGAUGCUGGGUCAAGGCCGCACGAACAUGCUGACAGCCAUGCCCACCAACAUAGCCACGUCCCUGCUGCGAACAUGCCCCCCUCUCCUCAGUCUUUGCAUUCCCCAACGCACGGCCGGCUGCACAACCACCAGCGCGUCGGCCCUGGGGUGCAUCUGCAUCGCCCGGAGCGCGACCCUGAAGAGACACGUCAGCUCCUGCGCGAGCGCGAGAGAGAGCGCGAAAGGGAACGCGAACGCGAGGUCAUGCUGCGCGAACGCCUCGCGCGUGAGGCGAGGGAGGAGGAGGAGCUGCGCGGCGGCGGCGGCGGGCCCUGGCCGCAGGACGAGGCCGGCCGCGGCUCGCGCUCAGACACGCCGGGCUCUGGCGGCGGCGUGCCCUCGCGCCCGGCGUCGGGCCAGGCGUACGAGCGCGAGCUGCCGCCGCCGCCGCGCACGCACGCGCCACCGCGCGUGACGAGCCUGCUCAACGACGAGGACGGCUACUACGACCGCCGCGGCGACCGCAUGCCCGUCUCGAGCACGCGCGGGUACCCCCACGACCCUGAGUACCCGCGCAAGCGGGCGCGCCACGACGUCGACGAACGCGCCGGGGAGCUGCGCUCGCCCCUUGAGGGGGCGCGCGGCGGGGCCUCGGCGGACGGCGCCUACCCCGUGUCGGAGCUUCGGGGUCCUCGCAGGGGCGAAGACGAGGGCGAGGUCACCCGCCUUCAUAACACGUCUUCUAUUCGUGAUGAAAAGAUGGACGAGGAUUAGGGGGUCCAAUAACCAAAUUAUCCAUACUCGUUACCUUUUUCGUAUACUCUUUAGGUUUUAUGUCUUCUCCAUGUGAGUCGCCGUCUCUCUUUGCGUGUCGCGAGUCUGUAGCAGUGCG